AAAGCAAGACAUCAAAAGAGGAAGAGAAGCACUGACUGAUGUUGUUCACACUCAAGGUCCAAUUGAUGGAAGUCUAUAUGCCCGGGUUCGCAAGAAAGACUCCCUGGAGGGAGUUGUCACCAUCAACGGCCUCCCAGUCCGUGAAAACCCCUUGACCAAUGCGGAGAACCCGUUGCAGCACGCGAGCCAUCCCCUGCAAACCACCGACCACACCCUUCCUGUGACAGGCCACACCUCCCUCCCUGCCGUCGACCACACCCUCUCGGUGAGCAGCGACUCAGGCAACUCCACCGCGUCCAUCAAGACUGAUCGUACUGAUGAGCACAGCCAGUCCGUGCAGAGCGCUGUGAGCCACAACAACCCAACAGCCCCUCACCCACCGCUCAGCCCACAGGAGAAAAGAGAGCUUGACCAGCUUCUGAGUGGCCUUGAGGCACCAACUCAGCGGCAAGCCUACCUGUCCACGUCCACCAGUCCAGGAGGUGGAGUCCGACACCUGGUCCCAGCGCAGGUGCACGUCAACGGGGGCCACACUAGACUUGUUGGCGCCCCUUCAACAGAGGAGCGAGAGACAGAUAUACUCGACGACGAACUACCUAAUAGCCAAGAGGGCAACAGUGUGGACAGCUUGGGCACGCUCUCAUCCCUAGAGGGCCAGGCGACGCCAGCUGACCUUUAUUACCAAUCGCAGACGCCUGUCAGUGGACAGAACGACGGGCCAUACCUUGAGAGAAGCGUACUCGGGGAGAAGCUCAACGAGAUGCCUGUGCAUGGAGUACGAACUCCGACAGCGAUGCAAGAGAGGUCUGUGGACUCGGCAUCGCCACAGGGGGGAUACAACAACUUUCAAAAUGGAGGGGGGAUGUACCGUUCACAGUCCUUUGGGAACCCACCUGCCGGCAGCCCUGAGACGAACCCUAAACUGAUGCCCCGGGCCCCUGAGAGGAGCACCAGUAGCCGGGAGGCUGUUCAAAGAGGUCUCAAUGCCUGGCACCAGUACAGCUUACCUGAUGAUCCUUUUGGCCCUCCUCUUCAGUCGACCCAUAGCCUGCCCCACUUCCCCACCCCCGCCUCGCAGCGGGACAUCGAGCAGUCCAUCGAGGCUCUAAACAUGCUAAUGCUCGACCUGGACCCAAUUAACUCCCACAUGUCCAAGUCCCACAGUGCGCCCCCUGGGGAGAAUAACCUCAAUUCAACCCAGGUGCCCUUCUCCCAGACCCUGGCCAGACCCUCAUACCAAGCGGACUCUGCCAUCCAUGGCUACAACAACUCUGGGUCAGUCGGCAACGCCUUUCACCAGCCCCAACGAUCGACUGGGAGAGUGUCAACUUUACCCAACCAGAGCCCCGUUAUGGAGUCCCCAGUGUAUUCUCCACAGAGGCCCAAUGCCGCCUACCAACACCAAAACACCACCCCAACGCACACCCCCGAGCCCUACCUACACACACGCCAAGCACCCCACCACUACCCCAUGGAUCCAUCUCCUAAUUUCAACCAGCAGGCAGCAGGGAAGCCUCUGAACUCGUACCCAGGAAGCGUCGUUUCACACUCCCCAGACCUGCAGGGCUCGUCUCCCUACCCAGGCUACAGUGCCUCUUCUUCUCCCCUUCCUGCUCUUACCCCUCAACCCAAGGAUACAUCUUCUUCGUCUUUGCCCAGAGAACAAGAUGCAGAGGAGGAGACGCUAAACCUUGAAGGUCUGGUGGCUCACCGUAUUGCCGAGUACAACGCUCGUAUCCGGGGCAUCAGUGAAAGCAUGACACCGCAACAAUCUGACCGCCAUCGCUCCUAUUCCUUCUCUGGAGUUCGCUCCAGAGGGAUGACCCCAGAAGUGCCGCAGGAGACCGGCAGGCGUCGGACCACGAGCGAAGGCCAGUACCAGAGCAGCCACGACAGCACGUCGGCGGUGCAUUCGCCAGACUUUGCCAACAAUCUGGCCCUCAACCCUGGAGGAAGACCGAGAGAGGGUAUCAUGCACAGCUACCAGGAGGCAUUCGAGGACGACGAGGCGGACGGCUUUUCCAACAGUCCCACCUUUAGAGGCGGUGGUGAGAAUUCCCCCCCGACCCCCGGCUUCCCCGUGUCGCCACAGACUCCUUACUUCAACAUGUCUCGUUCCCCUCCAGGUUUGGUCAAGACUCCUCUGUCGGCGCUGGGGCUGAAGCCUCAUCAGCAGGCCGGAUCAGACUCUGAUUCUAAUGACGGAGAGCAAGAUAAUCGCAAUUUUGGGGACUCCAGGGCACAACCGCUGAAUGCUCCUCUCUCCUCAAGCAGUCCCAUCCACGGCACUGACGGAAGGAGGGUUGGUUCUUCAGAUGGCGCCCAACACAGCCCCGCCUCCCCAUACGCCCACAGACCCGCCUCCCCUGAGGGCUCCCAGGUCAACAUCAUGGGCGUCCACACCGUCCCCGGCAGCCCCAACACCCUCCAUCGCACCGUGGCCACCAACACACCCCCGAGCCCCGCCCUCCAGAGACGCCUGGGCCAAGCCAGCCCCUCCCUGGCCAGACACCCUCCUCCAGCCGGCAUCCCCUCCAGUCCUCUGAUCGGCCGAAACCCCAAAACGGCGGCGGCCGGCGUGCCUCCGAGCCCUCUCAUGGGACGGCGAACGGCGGCGAGUGGCCACAGCACGCCCGACGAGCUGGGCGCCGCCUCCCGCCAGGGGAGCGCCCAGCCGCCUCCCACGCCCGCCUUCCCCGUCUCCCCACAGCUGCCGGAGAAGAGACACAUGUCCAGCGGCGACGCGGAGAGGACGGACAACAAGAACCUGACCCCGACGCCAGCCAGCGGUGGCAGCACGCCAAACCUGUCUGGCGCUCACACACUCCCAGACGUCUCCAAGUCCAUAUAUGAUGGUUAUCCUGACAUUAAGAUGAAUGUCAAGUUUGUCCAGGACACUUCCAAGUACUGGUACAAGCCAGACAUCUCCAGAGAGCAAGCCAUCAAUCUGUUGAAGGACAGGGAACCCGGGGCGUUCAUCAUUAGGGACAGCCAUUCUUUCCGUGGGGCCUACGGUCUGGCCAUGAAGGUAGCAUGCCCCCCGCCGACGGUUCAGCAGAACAAGAAAGUUGGUGACAUGACUAACGAACUGGUGAGGCACUUCCUGAUUGAGACGAGCCCCAAAGGCGUCCGUCUGAAGGGUUGUCCCAAUGAACCCUACUUCGGAUGUCUCUCUGCUCUGGUGUACCAACACUCGAUGACCCCACUGGCUCUGCCCUGCAAGCUGAUGAUCCCCGCCAAAGACCCAAAUGAAGAGGCGCUAGAACUCGCCACACCUACUGAUCCGGUCGUUGAACUUCUUAAGCAGGGCGCAGUUCAAAAGGUUCCAGAGGAGGCUCAUGCGUGCAAUGUUCUCUACAUCAACUCGGUGGACAUGGAGUCUCUCACGGGGCCGCAGGCCGUUGCCAAGGCAAUUAGUCAGACGCUGGCAACCAACCCUCUGCCUGCUGCCACCACCGUCCACUUUAAAGUGUCCACACAGGGCAUCACGCUCACGGACAGUCAGAGGAAGAUUUUCUUCAGGCGACAUUACCCCAUCAACACGGUAACCUACUGUGACAUUGAUCCCCAGGACAGGAAAUGGGGCAAAGAAGGAGGCGGCUCAGUGAAACUUUUCGGAUUCGUCGCAAGGAAACAAGGAAGCACAACAGACAAUGUCAGCCACCUGUUUGCUGAGCUGGACCCGGACCAGCCGGCCUCCGCCAUCGUCAGCUUCGUCUCCAAAAUGAUGAAGCGGUGAAACCCUCAACGUCCAAAUGGCAGUGGCCAUUUUUUUGCAAUCUCCCUUCGUCAGUUGGUGUCUUUUUCGCCAGGACUCGAUGAUGUCCUUCUUUCUGUUUCCUGUCGGUUUGUUUCUGUUUCCCCUUCUCUCUUUUUUCCCUCUCUGCCUUGCUGGUUUGUCUUGACUUUGGUCUUUUUUGGAGUAGUCUCUAUUGGAAGGCUUCGGUGUGAAUCCAGAGUGGAGCUAGAGGAUGUGUGGUGUGGAGCUGUGCACGUGACAACCAUGGAGGCCGUCGGAGAGGCGGAUAAAACGUCUCCACACGGGGGUCGCCUGUGUGAGAGGAAAUUGCUAGCUAAAGACUAAAAGGAACAAUGCUAAGUUCAGUCGGGGAACAAGUAAGAACUUGUAUGUUUCAGGGUUUUCUGUUGUUUCGUUGAUUGAUUUACCAAAGGUAGUUGCAAUACAAGUGCAAGAAUGAUGUAGCUAUUAAGCCAUUAUUAUUUCCUCUUUUCAAAAGAUGAAGUGUUGAACUUAAAAAAAAAACAAGAAAAAAGAAAACAAAAAAAAAAAGAAAAGAAAUCUGGUUUCUUCUUGAACUCGUCUUCAGGAAAAAAGUCGGCCUUGAUGGCUUUUAGCAAAACAGUUGUCUGAAGACAUUAUGCAUGUUAGCUUGAUCUUUAAGCUUGGUUCUUCUACCUUCCACAAAAGUCAUUGUGAAACCCUUAGAGUGGUCAUUUCCGGGUCUGUUGUGUGUUGGAAAGGGCUCUGCAGUGAAACAACGACUGAUCUAAAACUGCGCAUAGCAGACCAGACUUGUUAAAAGAAAAAAAAAAAACAGAAGUGUCCACCUACCCCCUUACCCCACCUUACCCGCCACGCUAAGGUCACCGCACUUUGUGUCAGUGCAGCUACACUCGCAUCACCUUCCGGUUCACGCCCUCUCUCCAAACUUCUUGGAUUAACUCUGGCCUGAAAUCAGCAAGCCUCCUGAUCGCAUGGCAGACAGAAAGAGAAAGAGAGAGAGAGAGAGCGGGAGGACGACUGUUUCUCCACAAGAUGGCGUCGCUCAUUCAGGCUUUCGAACCACCCCCACCUCCCCCAGAGUCACGUAGACUUCAAAAACCAACUGCUUGCAGUAGUGGAUCUGUUGAUAGACGCUGCCACUGAAACACACUGGAAAUCACCAGGGACUGGCCCAAUGAUGACGUGGACCUAUGCACUGUUCUUUAUGCAUGUUGUUGUCCCAAACUUGCACCCUCCCUCAUAGCUACAUUCAACAUCACUGAAAACAUUCUAUGCUGUGUGCUAAAAACUAAAAACCUUUAGACAAGUACACUGAGGUUGUAUGACUUGUCAAAGACUGCAUGAAAUAGACAACUUUUUUUUUUUUUUUUGUACUCUUCUCUGAGUCCUAAAAAGAAGUUAGACAAAAACCCCAUUGUUGAAGUAGUCACAUGAUGGUGAGAUGCUAUAUUUGUACUUUUUUUCUUUCAGUUUUUUUUUUUUUUUUUGUCGUUCCAUUUGAGCCAGGGUUACCUUUCACUGUAUCGAGGACAGUUUUUCUCUUUUUUUUUUUGUUCCACAGUGUUGUCGAAAUUGACAUUAGAUACCUUUUAGGGCAAAAGGAAAAGAAAAAAAAAAAAGAAGAAGAAAAGAAAAAGGAGUUUCCACACUGUGCGCAAUGCCUGCUUGUUGAACACCCGCUCAACCAUUCACAAUAAGCUAAGGAAAAUUGAUAUUGAUAUAAAUGUACAUAGAUAUACUACUUUGAAAGGUGACAUAGCGAAAAAGUAUUUAUUUUUGUUGCUUUGGUCCCCUCAUGAUUACUCAUAUAUACAUAUAUUGUACAGUCUAGAUAAAGAAGAUUACCUAAUGGGUUGAGAAAAAACAAAAAAAAAUUAUUUUGGCUAAUGAUUUCAAAGUCUGACGAUUUUGAAAUGUGUUUGAAUAUAUGGUGUACAUUACUUUGUACAUGUAUAUGUUUGUUUUCCUGCUCGUCAUGUUUGUUUUUUUCCUUUUUUUUUGUUCUCUCAGAACGAGGCAGGGCAUGAAUGAGAUAGAAGCCAAGUUGCAUGGACAAAGAAGCAUCUGAGCGCCGCCAUUUUUAUUUUUUUUUUUUGUGGGAGCGUCGAAGCAUCGUUAGCUGGUAGAAUUUAAAGAUUUAAAGGCGUGAUUUUUAGAGACGAGGAAACUUUAAAAAAAUAAUAAAGGGAUGCACGUUAAAGUUCAGAACCUCAAAUGCAAUAUGAAAACAGCACCCCAUGACAGUUCCGAUUUUUUUUAAAUUUUAUUUUUGCCAAAGAUUCUGGCUGCAUGUCGCUUUUUAUAAUCACAUUUUAUUUAUUAUAUUUUUUUUUUUCGUUCGGUCACCUUGCUCGGCUUUCGCAGUAAUCUCAAGAACCAGCCAUCACACACACACACACACACAUACAAACAUGGGUGUUCUGGGUAACCGAGGGGGUAUUUACACAGCGAGACAUUCAGCUGCAGAUGACGAAAGCGUUUUCUUUUUUUUUUGGGAAUAGAGGAGGGGGGGAGACAUUUUGUUUUUACUGGUGUCUCAACGCUCCAAAAAUGUGUCCAACUCCUGUUCAAGAGAGAACAGGCCCCGCUGUGCCCCAUUGGAAGUGUGUAAACAAAAGCGCUUGUACUCACAAUACCUACAAGAGGAGUGACAUAAAUUUCGUAUGGGUGUCAGCGCUGGAGGUAAAUAAAAGUCAGACGUGUCUCACCGUGAUGCUAAAGCUCUACAGCUGCAGCUUUGUCAGACUGCCAAAGGUGUCUUCUCCAGGGCCUUCCCCCCCUUUCACCUCCACCACCUUUCCCCCCCUCGAGAGUCAGUGAUUUAUUUAUUCUUAUUUAUUCUUUUAUUUUCCUGACACGUUUUUUUUAAAUUCAUCGUCACAUUAUCGAUUUUAGGAAUGUAUGGUGGCGCUUCAUUGAAAGCAAAGAGGUACGGUGCGCUUCAAUCGACUACUAACGGAAGUGAAAUUUCAAAAAAAUAAAUAAAUCUAAAAUGGCAUUGUACCUGUUUGCUUUGAGUCAAGAGCUACCUUCUUGUUUCAGCGGAGGUAAAAAAAAAACAACAAAAAAAAAGAUUCUGUGACCCGUUGUACAGAUGGGACUUGUAUGUUUGUAUGAAUGUGCUACUUAUGGAUGUACAAAAGGGUCUCAGAUUUUGUUUGCGCUUAUCAUUUACAUUGUAUUGUCAUGGCUUACCUGUUCCUAAGGAGAAAAAAAAAACAACAAAAAACAUUAAAGCAAUACAGAUCAGUUACGUUAAA